AUGACCAAGGAGUUGCCGACCUUUUCCGGAAAUCCGGAGGAUUGGCCACUGUUUAUUAGUGCAUACGCAAACUCUACUCAGGCGUGUGGGUUUUCGGACUCGGAAAACCUAGCAAGACUGCAGCGGUGCCUUAAAGGACAUGCCUUGGAAUCAGUCCGGAGUCGACUGCUUUUACCGGCGAGUGUCCCACACGUACUUGCUACAUUGGAGACGUUGUACGGCCGACCGGAGCUGUUGAUACACGCGUUACUGCAAAAGAUCAGAGGAGUUCCCGCGCCGAAGCAGGACAGACUAGAUACGCUGAUUGGAUUCGGUAUGGCAGUGCAAAAUCUUAGCGACCAUUUAGAAGCCGGAAGACACGAAGCGCAUCUCAACAACCCGAUGCUAUUGUUCGAGUUGGUAGAGAAGCUCCCGGCGCACAUGAAGCUGGACUGGUCGCUGUACAAGCAAAGGUGUGGAGAAGUGAAUAUCCGUUCUUUCGCCCAGUACAUGGAGACGUUAGUACGCGCAGCAACCGACGUCACACUGCAGUACGAUCCAAAACAGCAACCCCGACUGAUGAAAGAAAAGAUCGGCAAGGAUAAGAAUUUCUGCGGAACUCACACGACGGAAGAUUCGGCCCCGGUCACACCGAAAGUAGCAACAGAAGAUUCGAAGCGCAGAUCCAGCCCAGCUUGUCUAAUCUGUCAAAAUCCGGAACAUCGUGUCAAGGAUUGCUCGGAAUUUCGCAAAAAGACUGUGGACGAGCGCUGGACAACGAUACAGCAGCUUAACUUGUGUCGACUUUGUCUAGGAGCCCACGGCAGGAGACCAUGCAAAAUCCGUAAGCAAUGCGAUACUGAGGGCUGCCAGCGGCGACAUCAUCCAUUGCUACAUUCCAAGCAAGACUCCAGUGAUAUCAAGCGAUGCACAGAUGGCAGCAAGCAAGGUAAUCGUGAUGGACGACCAACAGGAAAUAACGUGCAGGUGGAAAACAAACAAGAUCAGCAUGAUCCGAAGCCAAGCAGUUCCAAAGUCGCUACCAAUCAUCAUUUUGCCGGUAAGACGACACUAUUUCGGAUUAUUCCAGUUACCUUACAUGGCAAUAACCGUUCCGUGUCCGUAUACGCCUUCUUGGACGACGGGUCAGAGAAAACACUUGUUGACGAAGAUGUGGUGAAGCAGCUCGGUGUUGUCGGAGAAAUGCAACCAUUGUGUCUUCAGUGGACGGCAAACGUGAAAAGGACGGAAGCGAACUCGCAGCGGGUAACUUUGGAAAUCGCAGGACAUUCAAGCUUAUCUAGACAUUCUCUGACGGACGUACGCACAGUGAGUAAGUUGGAUUUGCCAAGACAAUCGUUGCGGUAUGCUGAAAUCUCGGAAGCAUUCCCAUACCUGAAAGGUCUUCCAAUAGCAGAUUAUGACAAUGCGCAACCCCAAAUUUUGAUUGGCAACGACAACGCCCACGUUACAUCAACGCUCAAGCUUCGUGAUGGUCAGCCCGGAGAGCCAAUUGCAGCGAAAUCGCGGCUUGGAUGGACGGUUUACGGGUCUAGUCAAGAGAAGUCCGUGGAUCAAGCCCACAGUUUCCACAUCUGCGAGUGCCAGGAAGAGGAUCAAACGCUGCAUGAGCUGGUUGAGCAGUUCUUCUCGGUAGAAAGUCUGGGAGUAAUGCAAAUACCGCCAACAGAGUCCGAGGAGGUUCAACGAGCUCAUCGAAUACUGAAAGAAACCACGAAGCGUAUCGGCCAGCGGUUCGAAACAGGGCUCCUUUGGAAGUACGAUCGCUUCGAAUUUCCGGACAGCUACGGCAUGGCAGUUCGACGGUUGCAGUGCUUAGAGAGACGUAUGCGGAACGAUCCCAUCAUCGGAGAGAGUGUGACAAGACAGAUAUCCGAGUAUCAAGCAAAGGGAUAUAUCCACAAAGCUACUCGGGAAGAACUCGAUGAGGCGGAUCCACGGCGUACGUGGUAUUUGCCGUUAGGAGUUGUCAUCAAUCCGAAGAAACCGUCAAAAAUUCGAAUUUUCUGCGAUGCGGCGGCAAAAGUGGACGGAGUCUCACUCAAUACGAUGCUGCUAAAAGGGCCAGAUCUUCUGCGGACGUUGCUGGAUGUUCUUUUCGGUUUCCGGGAGAAGCGCAUAGCUCUGUGUGCAGAUCUUAAGGAAAUGUUCCACCAGAUACGGAUUCAUCGUGAUGAUCGACAUGCGCAACGUUUACUGUGGCGAGAGGACGCCACUCAGGAACCAGAAGUGUAUUUGAUGGAUGUGGCCACGUUUGGAGCAACGUGUUCGCCAUGUUCGGCGCAAUACGUUAAAAAUGUAAACGCCGAACAGUAUUCAGAAGCAUAUCCGGCCGCAGCAAACGCUAUAAUUCAGAAGCAUUAUGUGGACGAUUAUUUGGACAGCGUUGACGACGUUGAAGAAGCUGUGAAAUUGGCGCUAGAGGUCAAGUACGUCCAUUCCCAAGGUGGGUUUCAUUUACGGAACUGGCUGUCGAACUCCAAAGAGGUGCUAGCACGAGUCGGAGAAAGCGAUCCAGCAACGAAGAAGUGUCUCCAGCUAGAUAAAAACGGCUCAACAGAACGCGUACUUGGGAUGUACUGGAGGCCUGAUGAAGAUGUCUUCACAUUUUCGUCUACCUUGGCAACGGAAACAAAGCACCCGACCAAACGACAAGCAUUGCGAGUAGUUAUGAGCCCGUUCGAUCCAGCAGGGCUAUUAUGCUUCUUCCUGAUUCAUGGCAAGAUACUGAUUCAGGACCUGUGGCGAGCAAAGACUGAUUGGGAUCAACUGAUCCCGGAGAAAUUACUUGAAAAGUGGGAACGGUGGACUUAUUUGUUUCGCUAUCUGGACCAGAUUAAAAUCCCGCGCAGCUAUUUCCCGCAUCAUUCGGCGAAGGAUAUCGUAUCGUUGCAGUUGCAUGUCUACGUGGAUGCCAGCGAAGAGGCGUACGCUUGCGUGGGGUAUUUGCGUGCGGUGUUUCCUGACGAGAUAAAGGUAGCUCUGGUAGGAGCAAAGUCGAAGGUAGCUCCGUUAAAAGCGCACUCGAUUCCUCGUCUAGAGCUAAUGGCUGCAGUCAUCGGUGUACGUUUGGCAAAAUCCAUACUCAAUGGUCACUCGCUGAUGAUUGAGAAAGUUUCCUACUGGAGUGAUUCGAAGACAGUGUUGGCCUGGAUUAACUCGGACCACCGCAACUAUCGACAGUUCGUCGCUUGCAGAGUGGGUGAGAUUUUAUCCAAAUCAAAAGCUGAGGAUUGGCGAUGGGUACCAACGAAGAAAAACGUGGCAGACGAUGCGACCAAGUGGGGGAAUGGCCCCCAUCUGUCUGCGAAUAGUCGUUGGUUUCGCGGGGAAGAAGAGCUGUAUCUGCCAGAAGAACUUUGGACAACGAGCACGUAUUCAACCAAUGAGACAACCAACGAAGAACUUCGAUCCUGCCUGAUACAUCGCGGAGCGAUAAUAGUCCAAUUUGUGGAAUGGGAGCGGUAUUCCAACUGGAAGCGUUUGCAUCGAACAAUAGGACACGUUCAUCGCUACGUUCGAAAUUUGCGGCGGAAGGUGAACAAAGAACAACUGCAUAACGGUCCGCUUACGCAGGAGGAGCUCGUGAAGGCCGAAGCAACCAUUUUCCGUUGGAUCCAGACUGAACGAUAUCCUGAUGAAGCCACGGCUCUGGACAGCGUUGAAGGCAAGCAGUCAAAUCGACAAGUGCGUCUGGAGAAGUCUAGCACGAUUCGCAAGUUGUCGCCGUACCUGGACGAAGCCGGAGUCAUUCGUUCAGAUAGUAGGAUCGUCGCAGCAGCAUUUGCAUCAUAUGACACGAGGUGUCCUAUAGUCUUGCCCAAGGAUCAUCGGGUGACGCGGAUGCUAGUCGCAUGGUAUCACGAAAAAUAUCUUCACGCAAAUAACGAAACCGUAGUUAACGAGGUGAGGCAACGUUUCCACAUCUCUCAACUGCGGUCGCUUGUGCGCAACGUUUCUAAGGAGUGUACGACCUGCAAGGUGAAGAAGUCAACUCCAGCGAUACCCCGAAUGGCACCACUCCCUGUGGCCAGGUUACAGCCAUACGUACGUCCCUUUUCAUACGUGGGUAUCGACUACUUUGGUCCCAUUGCCGUCAAAGUGAACCGUAGUUCUGCCAAACGGUGGGUCGCACUGUUCACUUGUAUGACUACCAGAGCAGUACACCUCGAGGUCGUUCACGCUCUUUCAGCAGAAUCGUGUAAGAUGGCGAUCAGACGAUUCAUCGCACGCCGAGGAGCUCCAGUCGAGAUCCGCAGCGAUAGAGGAACGAAUUUCGUGGGUUCGAGCAAUGAACUGAAGAUGGAGAUGAGCACAAUCGAUCGUAAGCUAGCGGAAACAUUCACUAACGCAAACACCAAUUGGGUGUUUAACCCACCAGGAGCUCCCCAUAUGGGUGGAGCAUGGGAGCGACUUGUGCGAUCGGUGAAAACUGCGCUAGCCGCAAUGGAUACUCCACGAACACCAAAUGAAGAGUCUUUAGCGACAGUGCUGGCCGAAGCUGAGAGUGUGGUGAACUCGAGGCCCCUUACUUAUAUUCCUCUGGAGACAGCUCAGCAGGAAUCUCUAACACCAAACCAUUUUUUACUGAUGAGCUCAAAUGGUGUAGCACAGACACCGAAAACAUUGGCGGACCCGAAACAAGUAAGCAGGAAUGAUUGGAAUCUAUGCAGAACGUUGGUAGAUCAGUUCUGGCGUCGGUGGGUGCGAGAAUAUCUACCGACAAUCGCACGUCGGACGAAAUGGUUCGACGAGGUGAAACCAAUCCAGGUUGACGAUUUAGUUCUAAUAGUCGAGGAGAAAAUACGUAACGGAUGGAUUCGAGGACGAGUAGCUGAACUCAUCAUUGGGCGUGAUGGACGAGUCCGUGCUGCGGUCGUACAGACUGCUGGUGGUAUGGUACACCGACCAGUGUCAAAGUUGGCGCGGUUGGAUGUAGCAGCGAGUAAAGCUGGACCGGAGUUACCUGACCAGCCUUACGGGUCGGGGAGCUGUUACGGCAGUUCGCACCGAUCCCUCAUAACUACGCCAACGUCGGAGCGCCCCUCGGAAGAUUGUCACAGUGACAACUGA